UAAAAAAAAAUUCCCCCUUCUUAAUCUCCUCCCAAAAUAAAACAACAAUAAUGAGGAAACCAGAUCCUCCAACAUCAAAAACAACCAACAAUGGCAACGUCGACGGAGCCAAUAAGCUAAGAAAAGGGCUUUGGUCACCGGAGGAGGAUGACAAGCUCAUGGCGUAUAUGCUUACUAACGGUCAAGGGUGCUGGAGCGACGUAGCAAGGAAUGCAGGCUUGCAGAGGUGCGGAAAGAGUUGUCGCCUUCGAUGGAUAAAUUACUUGAGGCCUGAUCUCAAGAGAGGAGCUUUCUCUCAGCAAGAAGAGGAGCUUAUCAUUCAGUUGCAUUCUAUUCUUGGCAAUAGGUGGUCUCAAAUCGCAGCACGUCUACCUGGGCGCACCGAUAAUGAGAUAAAGAACUUCUGGAACUCCACCAUCAAGAAAAGACUCAAGAACUCAUCAUCUCCUCCAUCAAACAAAGACAACUCAUCGGAGCCAAAAGAAACGGGCGAAGGCUACAUGAACUCUAACGAGUACGACAUGACCAUGCGCAUGGGCUCAUCAUCAUCCUCCUCAUCAUCCAUGCAUGCAUUUUCCAUGAACAACAGCAAAUAUGACCUAUUUCCUUUGCCGGAUAAUCCCUAUGGUGUGUCCGAACUAGGCUCUUCGGGCUACUUCCAUGUACCCACAUCCUUAACACAUGUUAGCUUUGGGAGUCAUGAGUUCUAUGCUUCAAGUCAUAAUCAUGGUCACGCAAUCAUACAUGAGGGAAGCCUCAUGGGUGGAGAUCUCUUUGUACCUCCGUUGGAGUGUACAAGUCUUGAAGAGAAGUUCCAAGUUAAUAACCAUACCAUGAAAAACAACAAGAACAACAUCAAUGAUAUCAACAAGAAUGUUAUUAGUGGAAAUGGAGGUGAUGGAGGUGAAAAUUAUUGGGGGAGUGAAAGAGGUGCAUGGGAUUUGGGUGAUUUGAUGGAGGAUGUCUCCUCUUUUCCUUUCCUUGAUUUCCAAGUUGAAUGAUUGGGCGCCCUCAUCCUCAUGAUUCUUCUCCUUAAUCCCUCUUUCUACACAAAGAUGUUGCAAUUACAAGUUUACCCACACCCAUUGUCUUUUGUUAUGUGAUAUUGUUAGGAUGUUCUAUUCUUUAAAACCCUUCCAAGCUUCUUUCUUACCUCCAUGCAAAUUAAACACUUUCUAAUAAAGGUUGGAGAGAGAUAUGAUUGAGACAUAUAAAGCACCCUCUCCCAAAUCAUCCUUUUUCUUUUCCAGCUCUCUCCCUUGCUUCUUAAGUCAAGCAAUUAUAGUGAGCUCAUGAUGCAUGUUAUUAUGGGGUCAAGGGGGCAUUUCAUUGUAAUUGAAGAUUGCUAAUGAGUAGUCAGUUUCAUGUAAAGAUUGUUAUCAGAGUGGUUAUACAACUGUAAUUAAAUGUGUACAAAAGGAAGGAGUUAGAUAUAUGCGUACGUGUCAUUGGAGGAGGUACAUGUAAAAGCCAUUGA